UUCAGAAAAAAAUGACGUUUCGAUAAAAAGACGCAUUUUCAUAAAUUUUAUUGCAUUUUCUUUAUGUAAAUUAAAUUAAUGUUGUUCUUUACUACUUAUUGAUGCCAGUACUUUAAGUUGAAAUGAGAUGCAGAAAAGCAUUGCAAAGUCAAGUUAUUAAACGUCCCGAUUAAGUUUCUACACACCCAUGGAGUUCACCAGCUUGAUACUGCCUCUUACAAAAAAUAUUUGUCGUACAUGCCUUGCUGAAUCAGAUACUGAAAUGCUUUUAAAUGUACAGGAUUUAAUCGAACAUGAAAUGAGCAAAAUCAAACUUAUAGAUAUCUUAAUAUAUCUGAAUUGUUUGGAGAAUAACGAUGAGGAGAAUUGGCCUAGUGGAAUGUGUGCAUCAUGUGUAUCAACAGCACUAGUAUCCUACAAUUUCAAAUUGAACUGCCUUAAGGCCAAUACUACCCUGUCUCAAAUAUUUAUUCAAACAUCACCUACCAACCUGCAGAGGUCUGAUAUAGACUCAAUUGAUAUCAAUGUUGUGUAUCAGGACCAUGAGUAUGAACUGCCCUUAUUCAGCAGUCAGCCGGCUUUAGAUUUUGACCAUCUGCCAGCCACUAAGGAAGUAACUCCAUUACCUUCUGUCUUUGAAAUAACAUCUACAACACAACCUCCUAGAAAAGAAGGAGAGAAACGGUAUGCUUGCACUUUUUGCCCCAAAUCAUUUACUAGGAUUUACGGACUGAAGUACCAUAUGGCAAAACACAAUGAUAUACGGAAAUAUCUUUGCCCCAAAUGUGGAAAAUGUUUUCACACAGCCAGUGGGUUGAGACAGCACUCAAUCUCACAUCAAGAAAGUGCUCAAUUUAAAUGUGGAUUUUGCCGCAAAACUUACAAAUCUAGACAGUCCUUGAAGGAGCAUUUCCGUGUGGCUCACUCAAAAAAUCGCAAGCUCUUUGUUUGUGUCACAUGUGGUAAGAGUUUCACUGCAAAAUCAACUCUUAUGAUGCAUAUUAGAAGUCAUAAUGGAGAAAAGAAGUUUGUUUGUCAGCAUUGCCCUAAGACAUACACAAGAGCAUCUUAUUUGAAAGUGCAUAAUCUUACUCAUAGUGGAGAAGAGAGACCUCGGCCAUUUGUAUGUGAGAAUAAAGACUGUGAUAGAAGUUUUUCAACAAAACAUUCUUUGCUUGUGCAUAUUGCACACACACACACCGUGGAGAGGCCACACAAGUGCAACAUUUGCCUGAAAGGAUUUGCCACUUCCUCUGGGUUGAAGGUUCACUGGGAAUCUCACUCUAAGCAGGAGAUAAGCUGUAAUAUUUGUGGUAAAUCCCUGGCCAAUAAGAGAGUGCUCCAGAAGCAUAUGAAGGUGCAUGAUGUGGAUGCCAAUGAUAUGAUUCUUGAGACGGUGGUGGACGAUGUGUUCUUUGACCAGGUCUAUUGAUUAACAUCUGUGUUAAAAGUUAUUCAGAAUUGAUAUUGUAAUAAGUUUGCAACUUUGUAUAUGGUGUAGUCUUGUUACAUUAGUAUCCACCAUAGUAUUGUAAGAUUAAUAAAAAUAAAA